GUCUGUCCAGAUAGAUCAGCUGUGUGUUGAUAUUUCGUUGGGAAAAUGGUCCGAAAGAAAGUUGAUAACCGCAUUCGCAUUCAGAUUGAGAACGGUGUCACGACAAAAAAGAGAAGCUUUUUUGUUGUAGUUGGUGACAAGGGACGUGACCAGGUUGUAAUACUGCAUCACAUGCUAUCAAAGUCACAGGUAAAGGCCAGACCGUCAGUAUUAUGGUGUUAUAAGAAGGAACUAGGAUUUAGCAGUCAUCGCAAAAAACGGAUGCGCCAAAUUCAAAAGAAAAUCAAAAGUGGUACAUUAGAUUUAAAAGAUGAUGAUCCAUUUGAAUUGUUCAUUGCUGCAACUAAUAUCAGAUACUGCUAUUAUUCAGAAACGCAUAAAAUAUUAGGAAAUACAUUUGGAAUGUGUGUCUUACAGGAUUUUGAAGCGAUGACUCCUAACUUACUUGCCAGAACAAUAGAAACAGUGGAAGGUGGUGGUAUAAUUGUACUACUACUAAGAACAAUGACGUCAUUACGAAAAUUGUACACAAUGACAAUGGAUGUCCACUCUCGAUUCCGGACGGAGGCGCAUCAAGAUGUUGUUGCGAGAUUUAAUGAAAGAUUUCUGUUAUCACUAUCUUCCUGCAAUAACUGUAUCGUCAUUGAUGAUCAACUAAAUAUAUUACCAAUAUCAACACAUUGUUUGAAUAUAACGCCAGUUCCAGCAAAAUCAAAGGAGGACUCACUCAGUGCUGAAGAUUUGGAGUUAAAAGAACUGAAAGAAUCCUUACAAGACACGCAGCCUGUUGGUGUAAUUGUCAACUGUUGUAAAACUUUGGAUCAGGCCAAAGCUGUACUAAAAUUUGUUGAAGCCAUAUCUGAGAAGACGCUUCGGAGCACAGUUGCCAUGACUGCAGCCAGAGGCAGAGGGAAAUCAGCAGCUCUUGGGCUUGCUAUGUCGGCAGCAGUUGCUUUUAGUUAUUCUAAUAUAUUUGUGACAGCACCUAGUCCAGAAAAUCUUCGUACAAUGUUUGAUUUCGUCUUCAAAGGAUUUGAUGCCUUGGAAUACCAGGAACACCUUGACUAUGAACUUGUACAGUCUACCAAUCCUGAAUUCAAUAAAGCUGUUGUCAGAGUGAAUAUAUUUAGAGAACAUAGACAAACCAUACAGUACAUCCAUCCAUCAGAUGCUCAUAAACUAGGUCAAGCUGAACUUGUUGUGAUUGACGAAGCAGCAGCCAUUCCGCUUCCACUCGUUAAACUUCUCCUGGGUCCCUAUUUGGUAUUCAUGUCCUCAACUGUCAACGGUUAUGAAGGCACAGGUCGGUCAUUGUCACUCAAAUUAAUACAACAGUUACGUCAGCAAAAUAUGACGUACAGCACUGCUAAUAAAGCUGAAGCCAAAGCUGCUGCUGCCCGAAUACUGCACGAGAUAACACUGAAUGAAUCAAUUCGAUACGCUACUGGAGAUGACGUAGAACAAUGGCUGAAUAAUUUAUUAUGUCUAAAUGUGUCAAGUAUAUCAAGAAUUAGUUCUGGAUGUCCCUUACCAGAAGAUUGUGAUCUUUAUUAUGUUAAUCGGGACACUCUAUUCAGUUAUCACAAGGCUUCUGAAGUGUUCUUGCAAAGAUUAAUGUCGCUCUAUGUGGCAUCACAUUAUAAGAACACUCCAGAUGAUCUUCAGUUGUUAUCAGAUGCACCAGCACAUCAUUUAUUUUGUCUUUUACCACCUGUCAACCCUACCCAGAAUGCUUUGCCAGAAGUACUCUGUGUCAUUCAGGUUGCUUUAGAAGGUGAGAUUUCUAAGAAGUCUAUUAUGAAUAGUUUAUCACGAGGAAAGAGAUCUUCUGGUGAUCUCAUACCAUGGACCAUAUCACAACAGUUUCAAGACCAUGAUUUUCCAGGUUUGUCUGGAUGCAGGGUGGUUAGGAUAGCCACUCAUCCUGAUUACCAGGGGAUGGGUUAUGGUAGCCGGGCAUUAGCAGUAUUACAACGUUAUUACGAAGGACAGAUACCCAGCAUGUCAGAAAAUACAUUGUCCCAGCAAGACAUCCAUACUGUGGAUACUGAUCAUGUAUCAUUACUGGAAGAAGUCGUUGGUCCGAGGAAAAAUUUACCGCCUCUGUUAUCUAAACUAAGUGAAAGACCUGCUGAAGAAUUAGAUUAUUUAGGAGUGUCGUAUGGACUCACAGCUGAUCUUCUCAGAUUCUGGAAGAAAGCAAAAUUUGUACCGGUGUAUCUCAGGCAGACAGCUAAUGCCCUCACAGGUGAACAUUCCUGUAUUAUGUUGAAGUUGCUGAAUUUAGAGUCUGUGAAAAAUGAAUCAAACUGGUUGGUUGCUUUCUGGAAAGAUUUCAGGAAAAGAUUCCUGUCCUUACUGUCAUACCAGUUUCAUAAGUUUACACCAUCUUUGGGUCUCAGUGUACUGCACAACAAAUAUUACAAGUCUGACACAAAUGGUCUGACAAAAGAAGAGCUUGAUGCGGAGUUUUCUAAGUAUGAUUUACAAAGAUUGGAACUCUAUUCUAAAAACAUGGUGGACCAUCAUCUCAUUACAGACAUGUUACCAGCCAUAGCUCGAUUAUACUUCCUAAACAGAUUGGAUAUUCAGUUGUCUGCUGUACAGUCUGCAGUUAUACUUGGACUUGCACUGCAACACAAGACUGUAGAGGAACUAGAGAAGGAACUGGACCUGCCUGUCAGUCAAAUUCUUGGCUUAUAUAACAGAGUUAUUAGAAAAGUCUCCACCUAUUUGAAUUCUGUUGUUGAAGCAUCAGUUGAGAAGGAAAUGGCUGCUGAGAAGACUGUAGUCAUGGAGCCGACUAGAAAGACUAUGCAACAGGAAAUGGAAGAAGGAGCAGCAGAAGUACAAGAAAAACAGGAUAAAGAAAUGGAGCAGCUAAGGAAUAUUGAUUUGAGUCAAUAUGCCAUUAAAGGAGCUGAAGACGACUGGAAGGUUGCCUUGACAACAGGUGCAUCCCCAGCUGUGAUCAGUAUCAAGAGUACUGGUACUGACAGUGUUCGCAGUAAAAGGAAAGAUGACACCGAUAAAAAGAAGCAUAAAAAAUUCAAGAAGGCAAAGUUCCCAAAAAAACAAUAACACAUCAAGAUAAAUAAACUUUUGUUUUUCAUUCUGGUAAAAAAGUGAUACAAGUUUAUUUUUAAUGUUACUAUUAAAAUACAGCGUAAUGCUAUUAUAGAAGAACAAUAAAAAAAUGUU